CGUGCUGUGAAUUCAGAGAAAGAAGCGGCCACUGCCCUCGUGGCUGAAGAAGAAGAAGAAGCAUCGUGCCCGCUGGAACGAAGGGAAUGGCCUCCGACUCCGUCCUGUCUCUGGUGUUUUACAUCCUGAUUCAUCAAGGAAGAUGGAAUGGAGUACAUAGCCGAGGUACGGUAGAGCUGUACACGUCAACCCACGAACAGUCCUUGUUGCUCCACACUGAACGCAACGUAACCAGAGCCUUGCAGAAGUACAUCUCGUUGGAGGAGGAACGCUUGUCUCGUCUGGAACGACGUUCCAUUCAACUUACGCGCCAUUUCAACGGAUUCAGGACACUGCUGCAUGAGCUGUACUCCGGAUUUACAUCCAAAAUAUCUAGCCAUAACUGGGAUGACUUUAUCGUCGCCGUUUCAGAUAACAUUUUUCCGAAAGAUACCGACUUGGAAGGUGCAGCAACCGGGUUGUGUCGGCUGCAGAAAACCUACCACCUAAAUUCAUCUGCCCUAAUCGAGAUGAGGUCACCCUUUCUGCCUCCGCCAACUGCAGAGGAGAUGGCUGAGAUAGCGUACAUGUGCAUGGCAAGAGAUUAUAAAACUCCGGUUGAGUGGGUGCAGGGAGCAGUGGACGUCGCGAAGGACAGUCUUCGAGCCACACACGCGUUUAACGACGUCAUGGCGCUGUCAUUCUUCCGCAGGAAACAAGUGUCGUCAGCUGUCACAUUUGCCAAGCAAGUUAUUCGGCGUCCUCCGGAAAGCGUCAACGUCCCAGCUAUUCUUCAACAAUGGAGAGAAAACCCCGGCAGAACAGAUGACGCACCAGAAACGUCUUCACCUAUGGAGACGAAUGUGCGCUUCUAUGGUGACCUCUGUUUAGAGGGCGACGGCGCGAAAUCUCAGUUGAGUGGAAGGCUGGCGUGCAGGAUGACGACAGGUGGUAGGAACCCAACCGUGCUCCUACAACCGGUGAAAACGGAGUUGCUCUCCUCUGAUCCCAUCGUGCUCCUCUUCCAUGAUCUAUUUAGCAGGAAAGAAUGCGAGCUGGUUCGUAAUUCUGCAACGAAAAAGAUGAAACGUGGAGCAAUACCGAAGUUACCACACUUCCGGACAGGAAAGUUGCAUUGGAUCCAUGACGGUGAUGACGCAACCGCUACGAGGAUAUCACGACGCAUCUCGGCUGUUACGGGACUAAGCAUCAAACAUGCGGAACCACUUCAGACUGUCAAUUACGGUCUGGGUGGUCACUACUUUCCCCACCACGACUAUAUAAUGAAACCGGAUCGAUUCACGGUGGAAACAGGUUAUCGUCUAGCGACAGCAGUCAUCUAUCUAUCAGACGUUGCAGGCGGCGGGGCAACGGUUUUCCCCGUGUUAAACAUCGUAGUGAGACCCAAAGCUGGCACAGUCCUCUUCUGGUUCAAUAUGAGGCCGCCAAGAGAAAACGACACAGAUUACGCCCAGUUUUGGAGCGAAGUCCGCACCAGAGAUUCGAGGACGUUGCAUGGCGCCUGUCCCGUUUUGAGAGGUUCGAAGUGGAUUGCCACGAAGUGGUUUCGGGAACGUGAACAGGGUAUUGUUAACUACAAAUUGCUGCUACAUGAAUAGUAUAUCGUGAAGUAUACCUCUACUUCACGUGUAUAAAAGUUUCGUUUA